UCGCGUUCGAUUGCUCGAUCCCAUGGCAGCAGCGGCGGCGAUCGAUAUCUUCAUCCCCAUCCUCCGCUUCCUCCUCUGCUUCGUGGUCACGAUUCCCGCUAUCCUCUCGUGGCGGGUGGUCCCCGUGGCGGUCCCGCGUCACCUCUACGCUGCCUUCUCGGAGGCGGACCGUGGGCACGGCCUACGCCGCCGUGCUCCUCAUCCACCGCUACGCCGGCGUCAUCACCUUCUUCACUGGCUUCGAUUAUCUCAUCGGAUGAUUCGUGCUCCUUCCAUUAAUCGCCCAUUGCCAUCACCUCUACGUUCAAGCUGCAAUCGUUUCACAAGUUUGUACUGAUUAAUCUGCCGGGAAAGUAAGAUGGUUUGUGAGGCAGACCAUGUAAUCCGAGAGGCCAUGUCAUUCCAGAUGUAGACGAAAAACUAGUUGAGAAAGGGAAGAAACCUGGAUUCUUUCAGUUGCCGGCUACGCAGACCGACAGCGCUGUUUGGCAUGUAAGUUAUAAAUGAGCCUUUGUUGGUACUAGUAUGAAUGUUGUAAUGAGGUGUUUCAUCUGGCAAUUAUACCAGGUUUUGGAAUGCAAGUUUUAUCCUUGAUCUCUAGGUAAGGUUGCAAGCAAGUAUUAUCCUAAUAAGGAUUUUUAGUGUUUCUCCAUGGUUUACAAGGUGCAUUUUUGGGGCCAACUUCUAAUAAUUUUAAGAUAUUUGUCUAUGAUAUCUUGAACUUUACUUCAAUAUUGCAACAUAACCUAUAAAUCCAUCAAAGCCCAGGUAGGCAGUUAUUGUGGUAUCUUUCUGCAUAUAGAUCCAUGAGUUUUUGUUUUUAGUUCAUUAAAGAGCUAAUUUUUUAUGUCAGUAUAAAAAGUACAUAGGACUGCAGAUGAUCUAAUUAAGCUUUUCGUUUUCUUUUUCUGGGAGAAACUUAAAAAUUAACUUUAUCAAUCUAAUCUGGAGGACUACUGUGGCAGAAAAGGUUUAUGGCUUAUGCACAUAAUUCCUCUCAGUACUAAUAAUUUCUCUUUAUGCCUGCACCCUGGCUAUAUUAUAUUCUUUGCUCAAUCAGCAUU